GAGGGUUCCUUUUUCACUUGGUAGCACAAAGACAGUGCCAGAGUCUGCAGUGUCCUGUAGCUGUGUGUAUAUCAUCUAAUGGAACUGUACAGAAGCUGAAACUGACUGGGGAGCAUCAAGUCCAUGCUGUAUGUGCCAUUAGAACAUUUGAAUCUUCUUGGGAAACAUGGAAACAAGGAACUGCUUUUUAAAUAUAUUUCAGGACAAUUGACACAUUCCAGGAAAAAGCAGUUGGUAUUUUUUUCUGCAAAGUUUAGAAGAAUCUGCAUUCUCUGGGAUUGUAAAGAAUUAUAAAAUGAAAACGGUUUAAAAUUUAGCCUUCAAAAUGAAUGUUGGGAAGUCUGAUGACAAAGCAAGGAAUGGCUUGAAGUCUUCCUUACUUAUAAGGGAUGAAAAUGGAAAUAGCUAUGCAUGUGACAGAAGUACACCUUCCUCAGAGAAUUGUGCCACCAAGCUACAUGGUGAUUCAACUGACCAAAAUAUAGUGGCUGAGCAUGAGGGUGAUACCAUUCUUGAAAAUAAGGGUGACUUCAGAAGUCUUUUAAAACAACAGUGUAUUCAAGUACUUGAUCUGCAGAAGACACCUGGUAAAUACAGCUGCACAGGACCUCUAUUGGGAGAUACAGAUGCUGCACACAAGUCUUCUGUGGCUGAACACACUUGUGUGUGUCCUUUGAACUGUGGCUUGGAAGCAGCGACAAGCUUAGUGAAAAGCGAUUUUGCUAUAGAAAUGAUGCGAAAUCAGAGUAUCAAACACUCAGUGCCUUACAAUCAGACUGAAUUUAAGUCUGUACUAACUCUUCCUGCUCCAGAGCAGAACAUACAGUCCCUGAAAAAUGACAGGGCAUGCUGCCAGCUGAGCAUAUUGGAUGUUGCUAAUGUUACAGGUGAAAAUCUGAGAACUGAUCAAAAUGAUGACAUGCAUUUGGGAGAAACAUUGAUCUCUUCUGAAGUAUGUAUCAGUGAGAAAUUUGAUAGAACAAGCUCAGAAAGAACACCUAAUUUCACCUGUGCAGGUGUUGAACACGAUCAAAAAAACCCUAACAACACUGAUAAAGAAUCACAGGAAACAGAAACACAGGCUGUAGAACUACCUGCUGGAUGUGUAGAGCCUUAUAAGCAAGAUGCAUUAUCACCAUGCAUUAAUAUUAAUGAGGAUGACCAAGUGAAAUCCUUGCAGAUUACUCCUUACCAUGGUGAAGCUGGGAGUUCCAAUGCUGAAAUAGGCAUGAGUAGUCUUGUAAAUAGUGUGCACCUUCUCCCAGUAGAUCAAAUGGAUGGAGAACAAGUAUCAAACAAAACAAAUGAACCAUUAACCAAAGAAAAAAGUAUCUCUGGAAACGCUGCUCUUCAGAAUAUGCACAACAUUCCUUCUAUAUCUUGCAGUGUUCCAAAAUUAAAGAAAACAGUUAUGCCUGAGCUGAAAUGCGAAGCAACUUUUGUGGUCUUCAGUCCAGCAGCUGAUGAAAGCAAUUCAUCUCUAUGUACUUCAACUCCUAAAGAACAAUCAAAAAAUAGGACUUUUUCUCUUUCAGCUUUGGAAGAACUUGGAGGCAAGUCUUCUAGACUAAGACCAAGUGAAACGUUUGUUGGAGGGCAUAACAGAAGGUCUGGGCUUAAAGCUAGUUCAGAUCAAAAUGCAAGAAAAUCAGUGGGCAGGUCUCCUACUGUAUCCACAAUAACCAAAGCAAAGAAAUCAGAGAUAGUUAGUUUUCCCAAACCUAAUUUUAAAAAUGUUAAACCAAAGGUUGUGUCUAGACCUGUGGUACAGCCUAGAGACAGUGCAGCAUUAAAAGAGUCUCCCCAGUCCCCUCAACUAUCAUCUGUCUCCUCACCUUCAAGGGUUGGUUCUCCAAGGCAAUUGUCCUCUAUAAAAGUGCUGAAAAAAACCGUAGACCUGGGUAAAGAUGCUAAGGUGGAAAUGCCUGUAAAUAAGCCCCAUAAGCUGCAUGUUAACAAACAUCUCUUCACUAGCCAAGUCGGACAUGCCACAGCACAUCCCAGAAACGCUUCCCACAAGGUUUCAAAAACACCUGUGUUAAAGCAAAGUUUGCAAGACAUUGACAAAGCAAGUGCUUCCCAUCCAGUGUGCUCCUUGGCUUCUGCUGUGCUUCCAGCAUCUGGAGAGAACUCGAAAGAGAUGUUAAAUGAUAAAAUGGAAAGUUCAAACUCCUUAAUGAUGCCUUGUACUCAAAACAUUGACCUGACCAAAGGUGGAAAAGAGCAAAGCAGCAACGUGGGAGUGCUUGUGGAAACAACAUUGGUAAAUGAUAUGGCAAAUGAAACAUUUGAGGUGCACUCUGUUCCUUUGACACCUUCUGUGAAAGAUGGGACAACACAAGGGAAAAAAAUACCAAAGAAAGAUCAAAUCACACUACGAAGUGUAUUAGCUCCCAAGGUUAAAAUGGUGCCAUCUGUGUCAACCGUGAAGAGAGGAUGUGAAAAUAAAACUACCAGCACUAUUAAAACACCUUCUCACAAAGAAGCUCUUCUGUCAUCAAGCUCUGGUGUAGGAUCUUUGCCAGGAGAGAAGCAUGCAUCAGUGAAAAAUUCUCCAUCCUCGUGGACUAGUUUUGGUAAAUCCCUUGCCAAAUCCAAAGUGCCUGUCAAAAGAUCAGUGCUUGAAAGAACACCUAGCCUCUCAUCAGUCAGCAGUGCUCAGAGUGAGCAAAGUCUUUUCAGCACUAAUUCUGCAAGUGCCACAGUCAUCAGGAAUGGAGAAUGGCCUUCAAAACCAGCCUGCCAGAAUGGCGCUUCGGGGUCUGUCCCUUUGAAAGCAUUACCAAGACCUAGGUUGCACUCGUUGAGGUCAACUCCCAAAGGAGCCAAGACCAGGUCUGCUUCACUGACCCAGUGCACACCAAAAUCAUCUGGGCCUCUACACUUGGCAAGGAAAGUCAGUGAGACUAGAGGUACUCCUGGAAGAAAUGUACACCAAAGCUUAUCCUGUUUGGGUCCUGUUGACAAGGUCAAGCAGCGGAGUCCCAAGAGCUCAUGCAUACGGACUCAAGCCUCCGCAGAUGCACGUUCACCUGGCACAAAAGCAGCCGAGUUGACACAAUACAAAACAAAAUGUGAGACCCAAAGUGGAAUCAUCGUGCAGCUGAAAAAAUUCCUGACAUCCAGUAACCAGAAGUUUGAAGCAUUAACAGUUGUCAUCCAGCACCUGCAGUCUGAGAGGGAGGAAGCACUGAAGCAGCGGAAGGAGUUAUCUCAAGAACUAGUUAACCUUCGAGGAGAACUAGUAACCACUUCUGCAGCUUGUGAGAAAUUGGAAAGAGACAGGAAUGAACUUCAAAUUGCCUAUGAAGGGUUUUUGCAGAAGUUAAACCAGCAACAUCAUGAUGAUUUAGCUGAGCUGGAGGAGAGGCUUAAACAAUUUUACACUGCAGAAUGUGAGAAACUCCAAAGUAUCUGCAUUGAGGAAGCUGAAAAGUACAAAGCUCAACUCCAGGAGCAGGUGGACAAUUUAAAUACCACACAUGAAAGCUUUAAGCUGGAACUCGAAAACAGACACUCAGAAAAAGUAGAGGAGCUGAAAAAGGAGUAUGAAUCCUCUUUUUCAGAGCUCAAGAGUACCCAUGAAUCUGAAAGGAAGUCACUUGAAGAUUCCUUUAAAGAGAAACAGGAAUUGCUGGAGAAAAAAAUCGAUGAACUAAAAACUGAAAACAACUCACUGAGUGAGAAGCUGAAAUUAGAAGAACAAAAACAAAUAGCCAAAGAAAAAGCCAAUCUUAAAAACCCACAGAUUAUGUACCUGGAACAAGAGCUAGAAAGUUUGAAAGCAGUGCUGGAGAUCAAGAAUGAGAAACUCCAUCAGCAGGAUAUAAAGCUAAUGAAGAUGGAAAAGCUGGUGGAGAACAACACAAUCUUAAUGGAUAAAUUAAAGAAGGUUCAGCAAGAAAAUGAAGAAUUAAAAGCUCGGAUGGACAAACACAUGGAGCUUUCAAGGCAACUUUCUACAGAGCAAGCUGUUUUACAGGAGUCACUAGAGAAAGAAUCAAAAGUAAACAAACGCCUGUCAAUGGAAAAUGAAGAACUUUUGUGGAAGUUGCACAAUGGUGACCUAUGCAGCCCAAGAAAACUGUCUCCCAGUUCUUCAUCUGUGCCUCUUCAGUCCCCACGGAAUUCUGGUAACUUCUCCAGUCCUGCAGUGUCACCAAGAUGACAUCUCUUGAGAGAAAGAGGGGCCUGCAUUUAAUUUCUGAUCUGCAGAACCUUUCCUAACUUUAAUCAGAGGAGAAAGAGCUAUAUUAGCCACCUAAGACAACAAAACAUAACUGGAAACUAUUUGGUGCAAAAACAGCGAUAGGAGACUGUGAAUAUAGGAGUAAGACAUUCACUCCUCCCAAAAAGACUUAUGACCUCUAUGGACAUCGUUGCACAAAGCACUUAUAGAGCGAGAAAAGACUUGUUUGUUGCCUUCUCACCUAACCAUAAGAAGCUCAGGGGCUUAAAGAUCACAACCUUUAUAAUAUGUUCCUUAUCAUCGACACUUUUUUAAGGCUGUGUGUGCGUGUGUGCGUGUGCCGUGGAUGGAAUGGGUGUAACACACUGUGCGUGUGUCUAAUGCUGCCUUCUUUGCUGUGUACGUAAUAAAGGAUAAAAGCUGAAGAACAUUGACAUGUACUUCCUUGAUACUGCUCUCAGUAUGCAUGCUUAACAGAGUACCCUUGCCUGGGAAUGAGGAGAAACUGCCACUGGUACUGUAGGCUAGUUCCCUUCAUCAUUCUGGCUGGUAAAAAAAUGGCAUGAAGACUUUUCAGCUGACUCAUUAGUGUCCUGGCCAACCCCAGUAUGCAACUUUAAUUUUAAAAACAAAAUGAAUUGGAGCCAUAUAUUGCAUGGGUUCUUGGUUUCAUGUCCAUGCACAACCCUGCCAUUUAUGGGAACUUUUUUGCAGGGUGCAAUGGAUUUUGGAUUUCAAGUCAAUAGGGUUGUAGUCAGAAACACAGUAGCCCUCAAGGUCAGAAGUUCUUAGCCGAGUUGCAUAUUUAGAAGCCUAGACCUAGCAUCUUACCUACUGAAAAGGAAGCACUAAUUUCCUGAAAAUAGCACAUCUGUUCCUGAGGAUAAACAAGAUGUGGAUUUGAAAGCCAAAGAGAAAAAUGCAAUAAUUGUAACUAGGUGCAUUCUUAAUUAAUUUCUCAAGAAGAUUAAGUAAUUUGUGAAUUCCAAUGUAGCUGGUGACACACUCUGCCUUUUUAAGCAUUAGCAUUUGUAUUAACUUUCCUCAGGGCUGGCUAAAUUCACCUGAGGAUGAGGUGGUAUCUGUGUUUAUCUUGCUAAUUCUGCCAUAUUUUCCCUCUUAGACUGCAGGAUAUUGGUGUUUUGGCAGUUCAUCAGGUGAAAAGUCCUGUACCAGAGAUUCUGUAGAGUAGGUGAAAAAGUUGUCCUGGCUGCUGGAACUGGAGGAUGAGGGUUUUUUCAGCAUUUCUGGAAAUAUCACAUGCUGAGUUUCAGCUUCAAAGGAUAAUUGGACAGCCUUGCUCCACCCUUGAUCACACCUGUUUAAGAUGACUGCUCUGUACCUACUAAACCAGGUUUGGCUUCAGAUUAGUCUUAAAAAAUACUACUGCUGCUUACAGUAGCUUGGGCUUCACAGCAGGGCCGGGACAUUGUUACACUGCUGGUUAGCUAAUGCUGGUAGCUGGCUGAAUUUCCCUGUCUUUUUCAGUAGCUCGGGGACAGGAAUCAAGGGCAUGGGAAAGCAUUUAGGAAACAACUGGAGAACCACUUCAAACUAUUCUACCUUGCAAAUUCUUGGCUAGUAAUGAGGAACACAGACAUAGAAACAAGACUGUUAACAGUGCUCAUGCAGUAAGUAAAUUUGUAAUAUAUUUAAACUUGUGAUUGACUGUUUCAUCAUUAAAUUUACUUAAACCUCUCAUAAUGUACAAGUUAAGGGUGCCAUUUCUAUGGAACAUUAUGCUUUCUUUUAAUCCUUUUUAGGGCACUGUACAUACCACUUACUAGUGGUGUCAGUACUUAAAAUGUUUACUAGGAGGUUCCAAUUUAACUAUGAAAAUCCUAUGUAGGCUACAACUUGGCUUUAAAUGUCUUGGAACAUUCUUACUUUCUAUGGUCAAAGAGAUUUGAUGGCAUGUAUUUGAGCUGAAUGCUUUACAAUAAAUUUUUUGUACCAACUGAAGGAUUUUUCUUCUGCUUGUUUUAGUCAAAGAAUCUUUAAGGAGGAACAUUUUUUCACUUACUAAAAAACUUUUAGUAUCUGUUCAGCACAGCAAAACAGCAAUGAUGAAGCUUCAUGGCAUAAAUUAUUAGAGUAUUAGAAAAAUUUUCCCUUGUUAUUCCACUUGUAGGUAGAAGAUAAAGGUAUAUGGAGACAAAGAAAAAUGGAGCUUGCUUGUGAUUCUUGAGAACAUUCUGCAUGUGAGAAAAGCCACAGGUAGAAGUUAGCAGUAUAGAAGGUCUGUCACAAGGACACUUGCCUAGCCACCAGUAAGAACUUUAUUACUUUAGUUGCAGUGUAAUUCCUUGAAUAAAACAUGCUAAGUAGAGUGCACACAAAUGUUUGAAGGUCAAAUAUGGCAUUGUCUGUGUAGCAAGAGCAGGGAAAGCUUUUCCAGGCUACCAAACAGGAAAGUAAGUAUGGUAGAGUAGGUAAUAAUACAAAGACUGUUAAUUUGUUGAUAAUUUACCUCCACAAUACAGGAGACUCUUCAUAUCUAAACUGCUUGGAAGUAGACUCUUUAAUGCUUUUAUGAAGAAAUGAAGACUGCUUGUAUGUAGAAAUCAGACUACAGAAAUACCUGUUUAGUGUUUGUCCUGUUGGUCUCAACAAAUUAAAUAAUUCUGCUAAUCUGUAAAUACUGUUUCAAUGUUUUUCUCUGUUGAGUAUUAGUAUUUCAAUCUUUAACUUAAGUACCAUGUGUUAGUAAAGGCUUUAUUCAAUCCAGUAACUGUUACA